CAAAUAUUGUAACACCGCCACGGAGCUGCACGUACGUGAGUCUUUACGCAUGGAUGAGGUGACUGCAGACAGUGUCACCCUGGAUCUUCUACUAGAAGCCAGGGAGACAGUGCGGAGAAGCCCAUUGGGUGUCAUCAACACCCCCAUGAUCCCCUGGAGCCAGACCACCCUGCCUGUCAACAAGGCCCAUAGUAUCCAUAUUAAACUGGAGAACAUGCAGAGAACAGGGUCCUUUAAAAUAAGAGGUGUGGCCAAUCAGUUUGCAAGGAGGCCGAAGGACGGCAAUUUUGUCACCAUGUCUGCAGGGAAUUAUGGGAAGGCGUUUGCAUAUGCGUCAAAACACUACGGUUCUAAAGGCAAAGUGGUGAUGCCCGAAACUGCCCCCAUGUCCAGAUCCGUCCUCAUACAGAGUUUUGGUGUGGACGUGGAGAGAGUUCCUACUCCCUGUCUGAUGGCUGUGGUGAAGCAGUGUGUUCAGGAUGACGACAUGACUUUCCUGCACUCCUACGAUGACCUGGAUCUUAUAGCAGGACAUGCCAGUUUGGGUCUGGAGGUCCUGGAGGUGGUGCCUGAACCGGAUGUGGUGGUGGUAUGCUGCGGAGGCGGCGGACUGCUGGCGGGAGUGGCUGCUGCACUCAAGCUGUCAGGAUGUGACAAGACCAGAAUCUACGGUGUGGAACCAGAAGGGGCCUGCACCAUGUAUAAGAGCUUCAUAGAGAGGAAGCCAGUGGGCAUGGACACGAGCAGCAUCGCAUCAGGACUCGCGCCACCAUUUGCAGGCACGCUGCCCUACGAGCUGUGCCAGCGCUACGUGGAGGAAAUCGUCCUGGUGAGCGACGACGCCAUCAAGUCGGCCGUGUCGACCCUGUACCGAGCGGGUCUGGUGGUGGAGCCGUCCGGUUCGGCCGCCUUUGCCGCCAUCGCUGCCGGCAAGAUACCCCAACUGGAGGGGAGGAAUGUCGUCUGCAUCCUCAGCGGGGGGAACAUCGGCAAGGACGAGCUUGCGCACUUCCCAGAUUGACAGAUGUGAAAUUCACCCGAUAAUAGAAGAAAAAUCACAGACGUUUUUGUAAUUUAUUAUGUCUUUCUUCAAGCACACUUUUUAAAACCAAUAAAGCAACUUAAAUCUG